AGGCGGAGGAAGUGGGCUACCACGGUCACCCUCCAUUUUUGAUACAAUCGUAACGAGAAUUUGCUGAGAGGGAAACUGACAGAUAAAGGCGCACAAUUUGGACUAAACUGCUGUAGGGGUACAUGAACAAUGAGCGGGCUUAAUGUUAAAAAGCUCAAAGUCAAUGAGCUGAAAGAAGAGCUCCAGCGACGAGGCCUGGACACUCGCGGGCUGAAGGCGGAUCUGGCGGACAGAUUGCAGGCGGCACUGGAGGCCGAGGCGGCUGGCGAUGCUCCAUCAGGCGAACAGGAGCAGGACUUUGAGGCUGGCGGGGAGCCUGGAGGGGAGAAUGAUGAUCAGGAGGAAGCCAGUGAGAAAGAUUUUGGAGAAGAAUCUAAGGCACAAUUUGAUGAUGGCAACAGCACAGACCUCUACCAGGGUGGAUUUGACGAUCAGGGAAAUGAGAGUAAUGAAGGCAACGAGGACAGCCCCGGGACCCCCAUACUUGCUUUGGGAACGAGUGAUUAUUCAUCAGAUGCGAUGCCGGAACAAAUGACAGAGCAGGAUGAGUACCAGGAGCCUGAGGCCAAGAAGCCGCGCCGUGAGGAAGCAGCCGGGAAGCAGCAUAAGCAGCCGGAGGAGAUGAAGCAGGAGAAUGAGGAGACUCCUCCUGCAGAGCCAGAGGUGACGCAGAAGUGUGACAAGCCAGCAUCACGCCAGAUCCCAGAGGGAGACUCAAGUCAACGCAGCCAGCAGGAAGUGUCAGAGAGUUUGGAAGUGAAGACCGAGGAUAAGGCCGACGAGGACGUACCACAGCAGGCUGGUGAGUGGGAUGCACAGCCUAAAUCAGAGGAUGAUAGAUACUCGUCAUACAGUCGCAAGAGGUCAUAUGAUGAUAGUCGAGGAUACGGUUACUAUGAGCAUCGCGAGGAAAGGAGGGGGCGAUCACCACAGCCACCAGCUGAAGAAGAGGAGGAAGACAUUGAUGAUAAACUUGUGGUUAUUGACACCUAUAACUGUGACCUGCAUUUCAAAGUGGCUCGUGACAGAUACAGUGGUUACCCACUGACCAUUGAGGGUUUUGCCUUCCUGUGGUCAGGUGCUCGAGCCACUUACGGUGUUACCAAAGGACGUGUGUGUUUUGAAAUGAAGAUAAAUGAGGAAAUUUCAGUAAAGCACCUUCCCAGCUCUGAGCCUGACCCUCAUGUGGUGAGAAUCGGAUGGUCCCUGGAUACAUGCAACACUCAGCUCGGUGAAGAACCCUUCUCUUUUGGCUAUGGAGGAACUGGCAAGAAAUCCUCCAACUGUAAAUUUGAAGACUAUGGGGAAAAGUUCAGUGAAAAUGAUAUCAUUGGCUGCUAUAUUGACUUUGAAAGCGGUGAGGCAGUAGAGAUGUCAUUCUCCAAGAAUGGCAAGCCUCUGGGCCCGUGUUUCAGUGUCACUCGAGAGGAACUGGCCGGACGUGCUCUUUUCCCACAUGUAUUGGUGAAGAACUGUGCCAUAGAAUUCAACUUUGGACAGAGAGAGGAGCCCUUCUUCCCCAAGCCUGAAGGCUUCACCUUCAUUCAGGAUCUUGACCUGGACGACCGAGUCAGAGGGACACUGGGACCUGCCAAUAAAACUGAAUGCGAGAUCCUGAUGAUGGUUGGUCUGCCUGGUGCUGGAAAAACCACCUGGGCCAUAAAAUAUGCAGGAGAGAACCCAGACAAGAAGUACAACAUCCUGGGCACAAAUGCUAUCAUGGAUAAGAUGAAGGUCAUGGGACUCCGUCGGCAGCGCAACUAUGCCGGACGCUGGGACGUACUUAUUCAGCAGGCCACGCAGUGUCUCAACAGGCUCAUCCAGAUUGCCGCCCGCAAGAAGCGCAACUACAUCCUGGACCAGACAAAUGUAUAUGGAUCAGCCCAGAGACGAAAAAUGCGUCCUUUUGAAGGUUUUCAACGCAAGGCUAUUGUAAUUUGUCCCACGGAUGAGGAUUUAAAAGAGCGAACGUUAAAGCGAACUGAUGAGGAAGGGAAGGAUGUUCCCGAUCAUGCUGUGUUAGAAAUGAAAGCAAACUUUGUUCUGCCUGACGCCGGCGAGUUCCUGGACGAGGUGCGCUUCAUAGAGCUUCAGCGGGAAGAAGCCGACGCCCUCAUCAAGCAGUACAACGAAGAAGGCCGUAAAGCGGGCCCUCCCCCGGAGAAGCGCUUUGAUAACCGCCAGGGUGGUUUCCGCGGCCGUAGCAACUUCCAGCGCUAUGACAACCGUAGUGGAGCUCAGGGUGGUAGAGGAAGCGGCUACCAGAACCGAGGCGGCUCUGGAGGUGGAGGCUUCCGAGGAGGAUACAACCGUGGAGGCUACAGUCAGAAUCGCUGGGGAUCUAACUACAGGGAUGGAGGCUCAGGAGGCCGUGGUGGUGGUGGUAGUGGUGGUGGAGGAUACAAUCGCAACCAGCAGUCUGGAAGCAGUUACAACCACAACCGUCAGAGCUCCUACAACAAGACUCCUUCCGGAGGAAGUGGAGGCUACAGCCAAUCACAGCCUCAGUCUUAUAGUCAAAGCUACAGCCAGCCCUACAACCAGAGCAACUAUAGCCAAGGGUACAACUACGGCAACUACAGUCAGUACCCAGGAUACAGUCAGAGCUACAGUCAAACUCCAGCGCCCACACAACCAACCUACAACCAGCAGCAGCAGCAGCAGCAGCAGCAGAGCUACAAUCAGCAGUACCAGCAGUACGCUCAGCAGUGGCAGCAGUACUACCAGAACCAGAGCCAGUGGAACCAGUACUAUAACCAAUACGGCAAUUACGGCAACUACCAGCAGGGCGCCCAAGGCAGCCAGGGUGCUCAGGGAACACAGUAGUAGCAUCGCUGCCGCUUCAGACGGCCCAUUCCCUAAGCAGCAUUCCUCAUGCCUUUUUUGUGAUCCUUCCCAGUCUUAUCCCCCUUUUUUUUUCCCUGCUCUCUGUAAAAGUUUAUUCUCUCCCUAUUUAUGCCAACCUUAAAGGUAGCCACAUUUCUGUGGCCCUCCAUUGCUCUUUUUGAGUUUUGGUAGCAAGUAUCCCUUUUUAGAUCUUCUAUCUACUUAAUAUUUGUUUACAUGCUUGAUCUUUUUUUUUUUUUUUUUCUGUGUACUUGUAGACGAGAGGUUUGACUUUUGAAUUUAGUAAUGUGUGGUUUAGUCUGCUCCAAUAAGCUCACACACAAUGAUGUGAUUGAAUGUUUCAAAAUAGAGCAAGAGAAAUUUAUCGAGGAAGCUCUGCACGCUUAGAUUUACAUCUGAUGUAUAGAAAGAGAGAGAGAGAGGCAGGGUGUUUCUGUGUUCCAAUAGUUUUACCACUGAUUUUAUUUUAUUUUUUAUCUUGUAAGUUUAAAGAACCACAUUUUUGCAGUAGAUGGGUAUUGUUCUGUAUAUGAUCAUAUGCCUGUAUGUACACAUUGAUGUAAGACCAUGUAACACUUUUGUCUAGGUACAUCAUAUUGGAAAUUUUAAUAACCUAAAUCUUGAAUAACAAUUUUCUGAUGUCUCAAACCUGUGAAGGUUAUCAUUUUCCUUUUUAUAUAGCAUUUUUAAAAUGACUGAUUGGUCUGAUGCACAUCUAUUCCCAUGUUGCAAAUUAGUUAUGAUCCAAAAUAGUUCCUUGUGUGGAUAUGUUUUUACCUUGUCUCGUCUGUAAAGCAGUAUCUGCAUAUGGUUUUGUGUCAAAUCAAAAUGCAUUAUUUUGUAUUUGAGAAUAUAAUCAGAAGAACCA